CUCAGUUCAUUUUUUUACGCCUAGUCUCUUGGAUGUUAUCAAAGAUUUCAGUAGUUUUUAUUUAUCCCAAGGAAUCGGUUCGUGUUUGAUCAGCAGUAAAGGCCCCACAACCAGGAGCUAAAGCAAUAUAUUCAACUGCAAUGGAUAACUCGGCAGCCAGUGUGGUUUACUCCAAUCCUUUCUACGCUCAAAAUUACACCGGAGCCGGAGAACUUGACCAGCAGCCACAGGAGGAGCUCCAGAAUCCGAACCUGAAUCCGAAUCAGCACCAGAUGUUUCAUGCCAGUUUUAUGGAUCUUGAGCUAGGACCUGCCCUGAAUCCCAACCCCAAUCCUCAACAGAAUACGGGUGAUGGCCGAAGUCCCCGGAGGGCUUUCAAUGAUAUCUAUCGCUAUGAGAACGGCAGCGGCGAUGCCACUGGAAAUUUAUUAAUAGGCCGGGAUGAGGACCGCUUCUGCAAUGUAGAGAGAGGAGAGGAGGAGGCGGCGGCUCAGUUGGACGAGCCCAUGUCCAUAUCACCCUCUUCCUCUGUGGUGGCCAGCACCUCAUCCUCAUGCCCCACAUCGCCAGGAGAUUCUCUGAACCAGGAGAUGGAGACCAACAGAAGGGAGCAGCAAGUGGAUCGGGAAGAGAUGAACGAAAUGGGGGAGUUUGGAGCACUUAACCAGCUAACCGAGGAGGAGCAGCGGGAGCAGCGACCGCCCUUCUCGCCCAGCAUGGGUGGCAACACCUCCUACAUGGUCUUCCCCCGCACCGCCGCCGACUUCAUGCCCCGUCUGCCGCUCCCCAGGCACAACCCCUACCUGAAUGUUGGCCAGGAGCAGUACGUCAUACAGCAGGAUACGAUCUUUGUGCUGGGCAUGCGCCUGAAUGUGACCAAGAACGAUAUUAUCGUGUUCUUUGGCAAGAUGGGCAUGAUCAAGACGGACGAGGCCACUAACAAGCCGAAGAUAUUCGUCUACAAGAACAAGAUGACGGGUCGUUCCAAGGGUGAGGCCACCAUUACCUAUACGACUCCCUUUUCGGCACAGGCGGCCAUUAGUUGUUUGAGUGGGGCCAAGUUCAUGGGUCAAACGCUGACCGUGCUGCCCGCCUAUCUGUCCACUCGGAGAGGCAGUGUCCGCUAUAUUUAUCCCAAGGAGCUGAAUUGCCCGGAAAACCAACGUCGCCAGCGGGCGCUGAGAUGGAAGCCGGCCAGCGACAACUGGGUGUGCAUGAUCUGCCGGAACAGCAACUUCGUGUGGCGCGCCAGCUGCAACAGGUGCCAGGCGGCCAAGUUGACCGCUGCCCAAGAUCGGGGGGCAUCUGGAUCGGGAGCCAGCAAUGCCCGUCGUUGGCGGCCACAGAAGACCGAUUGGCCCUGCGCAUUCUGCUUCAAUCUGAACUUUUGGUACCGCGCCAAGUGCAACCGCUGCCAGGCCCCGAAGUCCGAUGAUCCUCCAGCCUCUGGCUCUGAUUCGGAGGAGGAUACCUGGGAGCUGUUGCUCAAUCCGCCCAGCCCAGAGGCUUCCCAUGACUCUCCAUCCCUUAGACGUUGCGCAUCCAUCUGUAAACGUUGCCGCAUCCCUUCCUAGACGUUACCUCAUCCAUUUGUGUCUGUCGUAGACGUAUCCGUACCCGUUACCGUUUGUGUAUCCGCAUCUUUUUGUACGUGUCUAUUGACGAACUACAGUUCUACUUUCCUAUCCUGUACUCCUCACGGUCCUCUUAAAAUUUCUAGUGAUGCGUCGUGUGAUCUUCGAGCUUUAAAUGCCAUCCGCGACGCCCAGCAAAAGCCGUCAUUCCGAAUACAAUACUACAUCGCCGCCGCAGCAAUCUUUUGUCAGGAGCCCCUGAGAUUGUGGGACAAUGCAGCUUGCUGAAUGGUAAUCCACUUAAUCCGGGUAACUGAAUAUUUUACCCGGGCACAAAAGGCAACCGGACCAAACCACCUGGCGAGCUCUAAACGUUUAAUGAAUUUAUUUACUUUCCCGACGCCCGCAGUCACUGGCUCAUUGGCUCUGUGGAACUGCACUGAAAAUCGAAAACUCCGUUUAUAUAAGGCCGAAAUUGUUUAAUAAAAUUUGUUUUCUUUUUAA